ACAAGAUGUGAAAACUAUGAUGCUGUGUUCCAAAUUUUGGAUUAUUUACGGAAUUUGUGUAGCCAUGAAGGUGAUCACUCCUCUGCUGCUGCUCCUCACAGCUUGCGUGGUCAGCGGUGCCACGGUGGCGCCCCCCAAGGCCUUCUGGCAGUUUGGCAACAUGAUCCGCUGUGCCCAACCCGGAGUGAACCCUCUCAAGUACAACGACUACGGAUGUUGGUGCGGCUUAGGCGGCACAGGAAGUCCGCUGGACGACCUGGACAUGUGCUGCUACGUUCAUGACAAAUGCUACGAGAGGAGCAGGAAGAUUCCUGGAUGCAACAACAUCAUGGACCUGCCUCAUGUGCUGGUUUAUGAUUACACCUGCGCCAAGGAGAAAGUCACCUGCUCAGCCAGCAAUGCCAAGUGCCAGGCUGCAGCGUGUGAAUGUGACCGGGUGGCCGCUCACUGCUUUGCUCAGGCCACAUUCAACUCCGACAACAAGAACGUGGAUCCCAAAGUCCACUGUGUCAACUAAGCUCCACAAUCAUUGAAUAAAUAAUGAUGAGGGGAAAAAAAACACCUGAGAAUAUUUGAGUUACCAUACUUUUCAUGUGAAAAUGUACAUUUAUUCAUUUUUUGGCAAGACAAAACGAAGUUAAAUGAACAUUUUAGAAUUGUUGGUCUCCUGAUAUCUAUUUUCAGCUUGGAAUAGAAAGGCACUGCACUUUUACAGCUUUGGUCCGAUACAGCAAUCGACUACUUGGAUGUAAUUCCGCCUCGAUGAGAAGCAACAAAGGUUAGCAUAGCAACAUUAUUGACUUGAACUGAAGAACACGUCCAUUGAUUACAAUUGAAAUACAUCCAGGCAGCAUCAUUUUGUUGUUCUUUGACACUUGGCCAGUGUAAAAAGAAAACUCAUUCAUGAUUAAUGACAUAUCGAGAGGGACAAGCGGUAUAACAUUGAUGGAUGGAUGGAUGAUUGAUAUUACACUGAUUUACUUUGUCAGCUAUAACACAAAGCUCAGACGUGGAUGUAUUGUUCAGAUAGCUUGAUAUAUACUAUCUUUUUGGACAUCUUUCAUUUACAAAAUGUAUUAAAAAAAACUGCAUACUUCCUUUUUUCUGUAUGAGGCCCCCACAAGAAAAUGUUUGGACACCCCUUGCUUCUACAAACGUCUAAUUCAGGGGUCACCAACGCGGUGCCCACGGGCACCAGGUAGCCCGUAAGGACCAGAUGAGUAGCCCGCUGGCCUGUUCUAAAAAUAGCUCAAAUAGCAGCACUUACCA